AUGUCGACAGGCAAGUUCCGUGUGUGCUGUGGAAAGAUUGAUGAAUAUAUGCAUCAGUAUAAUGCACAAUGUGCAUGGUUGACUGGAUAUUCGCAUUUCAUUGGUUCGAUUGUAAUCACACUUGACCAGGUUGUUCUAUGGACUGAUGAUCGAUAUGAAGCACAGGUAAGAAGUGAGCUCGUUUGUGAUAAUUGGCUUCUUAUACGGCAUGAUGGAACAAAAAUGCCAGUUGCACUUGCUGAAUGGAUUGCUAGUAAGCUAGAUAUUAGAUCAUCGUACAACAAAGUAGGUAUGUCUGCUCAAUAUACUUCAUUUCAUUCGUGGUCAUCAAUGAAAGAUGAGUUAAUGAUAUGGAACGUGUCCUUAGUUGCAGUAACAGAAUUAUUUCAUCGUACUGAUCCGGAUAAUCCAGUUUACGUGCACAACAUCACAUUUGCCGGUAUAAGCUGGGAGAAGAAGGUGGAAACCAUUGCUCGAUUAAUCAAUGCUCAGUCGGCACAAGGUUUAGUCGUUACAGAACUUGAUGAAAUCGCUUGGCUAUUCAAUGUACGCGGCUCAGACAUCUUAUAUAGACCAUUCUUCCGAGCUCGCGCCUUUGUUCACGUCAAUCAAACUACUCACCUUUGGAUGAACACAUCUCAAUUGGUGUCGGAUGCGAGAAUACAAUUAGCGAAUGUUGACAUUCAACCUUAUGAUGCAUUUCUGUCCACACUAGAUGCAUUAGUCAAUGGUAGUGCUAUCAAUAAAAUCUGGGUUACUCAAUCAGCAGCGCAGGAGAUUGUCGAGAGAAUUCCUGCAAGCAAACGUUUUAUUUCAGGUUCGCCGAUAGAACGUACUAAAGCGGUGAAAAAUCCUACCGAACAGAAAGGUAUGCGCGAGAGUAGUAUUCGCGAUAGUGUUGCACGCGUGAAACACUUGAAUUGGCUACAGAAUGAGAUCAAAAACGAUCGUCCAGUCAAUGAAACGCAAGCUGCUGAAAAACUCGAAUACUUUCAGUCUCAACAAGCUUAUUUCAAAGGCAUCAGUUUUGAGACAAUCUCAGCAGUUGGUGCUAAUGCCGCUGUAAUUCACUUUCAACCGAAGCCUCCAACAGCAGUACAGAUCACCAAAGACAAAGUUUAUUUAUUAGAUGCCGGUGCACAGUAUCUGGAUGGAACGACAGAUGUUACCCGAACACAUACAUUCGGUACGCCAACAGUCGAAGAAAAGAAAGCAUAUACACUAGUGCUUCAAGGAGCGAUUGAUUUGGCUGAUGCCGUCUUUCCUGAAGGAACUUAUGGUCGACAGUUAGAUAUUCUCGCUCGUCAAAGUCUUUAUAAGAACUCCAUGGACUAUGCUCAUAGUACUGGCCAUGGUAUUGGCCAUUUUCUUCACAUACAUGAAGGCCCUUCAUUUAUUGGUAUGGGAUAUACUGUUCGUGAUAUGCCACUCACAGAUGGGAUGGUAUUUUCUGAUGAGCCAGGUUUUUACUUACCCGAUAACUUUGGUAUCCGUUUGGAAACUCAUAUCAUGGUGAAGAAUUAUACAUUACCAAACAAUUAUGCAAAUUCAACUACUCAAUUUCUUCAUUUUGAGCCAUUUACAUUUGUUCCGUUCGAUGGCAAUCUAAUUGUGUGUGAGAUGUUAACUAAAACUCAAUUAAUUUGGCUGAAUCGCUACCACCAAGAGGUUCGACGCGUACUCGAAACGACGGGUCAAUUGAACUCAGAAGAACUAACCUAUUUGAAGGAAACAACACAAUACAUCAGCUGCUAA